CUUAACAUUUUAGGUUUCCAUAUAUAUACCACAAAUAUCCACAAGCCAAGUAAGGAGAUCAGUGAGACUAUUGAUUAAAAUAGAGAGAAAAAUGGAGUACAACCACCAAGAAAUUACACAACUCUUAAGUUCUUCAGAUGCAGAAAAUAGGCAAGUUGUAAUAUCCAUGUCAGUCGUGGAAGAAGAUAUAACAAAGUUGUAUGAGGCAUCAAAGAUUGGAUGUGUAGAAACCUUGAAGACACUCAUUCAACAACAUCCUUAUCUCAUUCAAAAAGCUUCAAUCUAUACAAUUGAGACUCCAUUAUUGCAUGUCUCAGUUUCUCAUGGCUACCUUGAAUUCACUCAAGUGCUUUUGAAUCACAACCCUCAACUUGCUGCUGAAGUUGAUGUCUAUCAAAGAACACCACUCCAUAUAGCUUGUGCAAAUGGAUGUAUUGAGAUGGUUAGAGCUAUGUUGGAGAAGAACACAAGUGCUUGUUUGGUUGAAGAUCAUAAUGGCUUCAUUCCUCUUCACUAUGCAGUGACACGUGGGAAUAUUGAGAUGAUGGAAUUGUUGAUAAAUGCAAGACCGCAAUCUAUUUUGAUGAAGCUGAACAACGGUAAAACUGUUCUACAUUUAUGUGUUGAAGGAAACCAUUUGGAGGGAUUGAAGCUAUUAAUUGCUCAAACAUUAUUAUUAUUUGAAGACUUUCUCAACACGGUGGAUGAUGUAGGCAAUACAAUUUUGGAUUUGUCUGUGAUGUUGCGACGAAUUGAGAUGGUAGGGUAUUUACUCACAAUUCCAGAAGUAAAUACUAGAACAAGCAUGACCGAUUUUUCAUCAUCAAAUAGGAGAAAAAGGCUCCAAUCACGAAAGAUCACAAUAACGAAAAGCCUCCAAAGACAAAGACGAGAAUCGAUAUCGUUGUGGACGACCAAAAAAUUGAAAAGACGAACGUUCGAUAAAAUGAGUAAGAAAUUGGAGUACCAAGGGGAUUGGGUUCAUGAAGUGCAAGACACAAUGAUGCUAGUAGCGACUGUGAUCGCAACUGUGACUUUUCAAGGGGGAGUGAAUCCUCCCGGCGGCAUUUGGCAACAAGACACUUCAUUCAAUUAUUCCGAUUUCAACAAUAGUACAAAUUCUUGGAAUCAAUGGUUCAAGAGCUUAAGCUUAUAUGAUGAUUUGACUAAUACCAUCAACCCCAACAACAACCUAACUGUAUUAUUUCCAGCUGGAACUGGAGUGAUGGGAUACCAACAACCCCAAAUAUAUUGGAUAUACUUAUGCGUUAACACAAUAUCGUUCUUGGCAUCAGUGAGCGUGAUUUUGAUGAUCGUGGGUCGAUUUCCACUAAAAAACAGGAUUUUUAGUUGGAUAUUAUCCUUAACCAUGUGCACAGCGGUGGUAUCCUUAGCAAUUGGAUAUUUGAUCGGAGUUAAAAUGAUCAAUCUCAUGGCAAUUGAAGAUUAUAUUAAGUUCAAUGAAUUCGACAACGUGUUGCCUUCAACAGUUUUCUGCUGGCUUGGGGUGGUUGGAAUGGUUGGGCUAUGGCAAGUUGCUCACUUUCUCAAGUCCUUAUUUCACAUCUUCACAUCUAAGCUCAAACCUCACAUAUAGCUUCAAGGGUAAACUCAGGAACAAACCUCUUCCAAUCCACACAACUUAGUUAAAGAUGGAUGGAGUAAGUAAGUAUAUCAAUUAUUAUUGAUUCUAUUGAGUUUGUAUACUAAAUAAAAGAAAUAUACAUAAUAUUGAACUUUGCAUUUCUGUUUUAUAUGGAUAUACAAUAUAUAUAUGUGACUAAUCGCAUUUGUUUGCUGGA